AUGGCAGCCCGAAGAGGCACUUGUCUCCUGAUCGCGAUCCUGGCGACGACCUCGGCCUUCUCGGUGUCGGACCUGUCCCAGAACAGAGGCAGGAAGCUGUUCGGAGGGUACAGGAUAGUUCCCAAGGUGUGCCACUCCACCAGCCCAUCGAGGACGUCCAAUGAGCCUGCAAUUUGCAUGUUCAACUACGAGUGCACCCGCCGAAAAGGAGUCGUAAUUGGAACCUGUAUGGAUGGUUUCCUGUUCGGGGCCUGUUGCCAGCUCCCAGGAGUGAAAGAAACCUCGGAAGAUGCCCCCAGCACCGAGAACUUAUUGCUGAUCUCCGAGGACAUCGACCACGUGCCGGAUGUCCCGAUUCUGCUGAACCCUGAUGGGACCCCAGCAGAGAUCCAGGGGUCCAGCCCUUCUGGGACCUAUCAGCUGAUCCAUACAAAAACCUCACCAUCCACGUUCCACUACAGCACGGAUGCGACGCAAAACGCUGAGAGGCCUCAGGUUCCCUCGGGACAAUCCGACCUGGACAAACUGCAGGAGGGAUAUUCUGCCCUGCUGCACCAGCAGAGCAUCGUCGACGACCUGAGUCUUCCUUCGCUUCUGACGCAUUCUGACUCCGAUAACGGUCUUCAGGAUCAGAGGGAGCCAGAACCCGAUCGACAUCGACCGAUCACUACGUUACUAAGUCCAGAUCAGGUGCUGCAGAUCGCGGAUCCCGUCGAUCAGCUCCCAGCAUUGUUCUCCAAUGGGUUUGGCCAAAACGACCAUGGGACAGCAGAUACGGUGUUGCUGAACGAGAAUGGGACCAGACUGGACGAGACGAACGACCCUGAUCAGCUGUUCAAGCCGACGACCGUCGAGGUGAGGACGUCGACCACCCCGAAGGGUCCUCAGCAUCAUCCCGGAGCAGGUGGGAGUUCGAUAAAAAAUCAGGAAAAUCGGGGAACGACUGUGUCGGGGACUUCGGACACCCAUCGAGACUCCACGACGCCGAUGAGCUCUACGGAGGGUCUCGUCAGGGUCCCCACGGUUGCCCAUGAAACCCCCUCAGGGAACAAGAAGAACGACGAAUUGGACCGCGAGGAAAUCGCGAUAAACCAUAUCAUCUCGAUGUUGAACGACACGAAUUCAGAGACCUCUCAGAUGGUCCCAGACACGAACUCGAUGUCGUCGAUCCAUACCUGGGUCAGCAUAGACGAGACGGCCAAGCCGACGAUGGUUAAAUUGACCACGACGCAUCCUUCGGAGUCCUCUUCAGGGUCCUCUUCGGGGACGUUCCCGUACUCGUAUUAUAGGCCCGGACAGGGGUCCUCGUACUAUAACUACGAGACCGUGACCACUCCGGUGCUGAUGGUGUCUCCUUCUUCGGGCGAUGGACCGCUUCUCUUCUCCAGCUCCUACUCCUCCAGACAGCCGGGAACUCAGGGUACUCUGCAAUCCAGUAGUUACUCGUACUCGACAAGGCCGACUACGAAUCCCCCAGCACCCACUGUCAUCGUUCUAGGUCCCCUGGGAACGGAGUACACCACUGAGACCGGCGCCAAGACGCCCACCAGGAGACCCGGAGGUCCGAUCAAGGUGACCAAAAGACCGGCUUCGGUGUCUUCGACGAUUACCCACAACAUUAGCACGGUUAUCUCUGCUGGGAGCUCCUCCACCGGCGACCUGGUGUCCACCAGCUACUUCAGCGUCAACCUGAAAGAGGGAGAGAGCACCAGGCCGACCGAGGACGAAGAGGACCUCUACACGACGAGGUUCCCCACGACCACCACGAAGAGACCCAUCAUCUGGACCACCAUGUCCUCCUGGUCCCCCGGGAGACCCAGCUUCCAUCCGAAGCCCUCCACUCCCAGCGAGUUCUGGACCAACGAUGGGACCACUUCCACGACAACCGCCGUUUCCUCUUCGGCCACUCUGACGACCUCGACGCUGAUCGGCAAGCCGGUCGUCACCAAAGGAGAGGUGUCCUCGGUAUCGACCCCCAAGACCACCACCGAAGCUCCCAGGACCACUCCAACCCCCAGGACCACAACCCCCAGCUCCACUCCAGCUCCUAGGAUCACCACUCCCAGGAGUUCCGCCAGCACGACCACCCUCAGCACCACUUCCUGCAACAACGUCACGGCUCCACCAUCGGAGAGCGACUUCCCACCGGACAGGAACCCCAACAUCUCCCAGCAAGAGAAACCCACCCUGGUGGAGGGCAUCAGCGGUCCGGACUACCCGACUCUGGACAUUUUCAGCGAGGACGACAUUCCCACCCCCGGGUUCAUAGAAGACGACGUCCUGACUAACAAGGUCGACGUCUUCGUCAACAAGAUCGUGGACUCUCUUCAGGGGAACUUCCAGGACCUGAAGGACGUAGUGUAUGGGAAGAGGAACACCACGGCGAGUCCUGCGGUGGUCACCAGGAGGCCGACCGUGGCUCCCACCACCACCAAGAGGCCUACCGUUAAAAGACCCACCCAGGGGGUGAAGAAACCCACCACCACGAAGAGGCCUCCUGGUCGUCCCGUUCCCAGCAAACCUGGGACCCAUCCAACUCCCACGUCCAGACCUCAAAGCGUAAUUUCGACCACCAAGAGGAAACCCACCAAGAGGAGACCUCUUCCCAGCACCACUCAGAAGACCACCACGGAAUCGACCCAGGAUGCGUUCUCAACUCCCAGUCCUGCUGCUAUCGAGGAAUUUCUCUCAACCACCUCUCACACGGUUGGGGAUCUGCGCAAUGAGUGCGGAAUUCGGCCGCUCGUCAGAGCUGGGCGAAUUGUCGGCGGAAAAGGCGCGCAAUUUGGCGAAUGGCCCUGGCAGGUCCUCGUCAGGGAAGCCACCUGGCUAGGGCUCUUCACCAAGAACAAGUGCGGGGGUGUUCUGAUAUCGAAUAGAUACGUCAUUACCGCAGCUCAUUGCCAGCCAGGGUUCCUCGCCUCGCUGGUGGCAGUCUUCGGGGAGUUCGACAUUUCCGGGGAGCUGGAGGCCAAGAGGAGCGUCACCAGGAACAUUCGCCGAAUUAUCGUGAACCGAGCCUACGACCCAGCCACCUUUGAAAACGACCUGGCUCUUCUGGAACUGGAGACUCCGAUUCAGUUCGACGAGCACAUCGUGCCAAUUUGCAUGCCAAACGACGGGGAGGACUUCACCGGGAGAAUGGCCACGGUGACAGGCUGGGGAAGACUGAAAUACAAUGGCGGCGUCCCUUCCGUCCUGCAAGAAGUGCAAGUCCCCAUUAUGGAGAAUUCAGUUUGCCAAGAGAUGUUCCAGACCGCGGGUCACUCGAAAAAGAUCCUAGACAGUUUCCUGUGUGCCGGAUAUGCCAAUGGACAGAAAGAUUCCUGCGAGGGCGACAGUGGGGGACCCCUCGUGAUGGAACGACCCGACGGUCGAUGGAUGCUCGUGGGGACGGUUUCGCAUGGAAUUAAAUGCGCGGCCCCUUAUUUACCCGGGGUUUACAUGAGGACGACCUACUUCAAACCCUGGUUACAUAGCUUCGCCGGGGUCUGA